AGAGUAAUCAUCCAUAUAGUCAGCAGUCAGUAACCACUACAAGUCUACAAGCCUUGCCUCCCUGAACAUGGAGACCAACGGAAGCGAUACCAAUCUUCGGUGGACAAAAUCGACCUCAAUUCGCCGGAGAAUAAUAUUGUUUCCCCUACCAUUCCAAGGCCAUAUCAAUCCCAUGCUUCAGUUAGCAAACAUUCUUCACACCCAAGGUUUUGAAAUAACCAUCAUACACACCGAAUUCAACUCCCCCUAUCAUUCCAACUAUCCUCACUUCAUCUUCAAGUCCAUCCGGGACCGAUUUUUCGAGAUUGAAAGCCGAUUAACGAAGGAAGACGCCAGCUUUUUCGUUAUAUACCUUAACAGAAGCUGUGAAGAGCCGUUUCGGGAUUGUCUGACUAGGUUAUUGGCGGAAGACGAUGAGGGGUCGAUUUCCUGUCUAAUCUCAGAUGCCCUAUUCUACUUCACGCAAGCCGUGGCAGAUUCCCUUAACCUCCCUCGAUUGGUGCUCCGGACAACCAGUCUUGCUUCCGCCAUUGCUUAUGGAGCUUUACCCUUUUCCUCUGAAACUGGUUGUUUUAACCUUACAAAAGAUUCAAAUUAUGAAGCAUCGGUGCCGGAAUUUCCACUUAUGAAGGUCAAAGACGUCGUAAAGAUGACAACCAAUCCAGAAGGUAUGGGGAUAUUUGUCACCAACACGCUUAAACAGAUGAAGGCAUCAUCAGGGAUUAUCUGGAACACCUUCGAAGAACUUGAACAACCUUCACUAGAGACCAUUCGCCAAGAAUUUUCAGUUCCGAGCUUCACUUUAGGCCCAUUCCACAAGUACUUCCCGGCAUCCUCAAGCAGCUUGAUCGAACAAGACCGAACUGUUCUCUCAUGGCUAGACACCCAAGCCCCUAAAUCUGUGAUAUACAUAAGCUUUGGCAGCGUUGCACGUAUAACCGAAUCAGCAUUUCAAGAAUUGGCCCAUGGAUUGACGAAUACGGGUUUACCAUUCUUGUGGGUGGUUAGAGCAGGGUUAGUUCCUGGUUCAAAAUGGCUGGAGUCAUUGCCGGAAAAGUUCCUAGAAAGAUUGGGUGAUGGCGGACGUAUAGUGAAAUGGGCUCCUCAAGAAGACGUGUUAGCUCAUCCAGCAACCGGUUGUUUUUGGACUCAUUGUGGAUGGAAUUCAACGUUGGAAAGCAUAUGUGAAGGAGUUCCUAUGGUUUGUUCACCUUGUUUUGUCGACCAACCAGUAAAUGCAAGAUAUGUUAGCGAUGUAUGGAAGAUUGGUGUUUUGUUGGAGGAUGGGUUUGACAGGGUGGGGAUUGAAAAGGCGAUUAAAAGAGUAAUGAUGGAUAAAGAAGGAGAAGAAAUUCGGGAGAGAAUAACUAGUCUUAAGGAAAAGGUCAAUCUCUCUCUUGAUGAAGGUGGGUCGUCUCAUCAGUCAUUUAAGGGAUUAGUGGAUUAUAUUUUAUCCUUUUGAUCCAUAAAAAACCACAUGCAAUAUAAUUCCAUGUAUUAUAUACUCCAAAUAAACUUUGUUAACAACAUGAAAUUUGAAGUA